CUGGAUUGUUUUGAAUUGAGUACAGACUUUGUACAACACAGUUUGUGAUUUUGAUUAAGGCUCAAAAACUAGACAUUUCAAUGUUUUUGUUUUCCAAAAAAAAAUGUGUAAAUCACAAACUAUUUAAUAUGAAAAGAGUAUAAAACGCAAUAUUGUUUUUCUUUUUGUAACCAUUCCAGAAGAGUUUGAAUCAGAUCGGUUAAUGGUCGUUGAACGGAGCGGAAUAUUCCUUAAGUCCAGUUCUGAAUCUGAUGCCAACUUCAUGGUCUCAGAGAAGCGGCUCUCUGAAGCGGUGCUACUAAACGACUUCCUGAAUUGAGUUUAAUAUCUUCCUAAUUUAUCUGUUGUUGUGUUUCGUCGACCCCCCGCGAGCCUCAUAUAGAAGCUCGACGUCAUUUUACGGUGUGAAUACGAAAGCGGAAGAAGUGUUUGGCUAAAGUAGUUAGCUGCGGGUCGGCUCGCUCCCUUCUCGCCGUCAUGCCUUGAGUUCCCCGAGAUUACGCUGCGUGAACGAGAACACGCAGCAGUGGGUUCUGUGGGUUCGCUCAGAGAACACGUCGGAGAACCGAAGAGAGCCGGACGACCCAGUGCGGGGGCCGGUGUGUUAGCUGUACCGAUUCGGCUCCCCGGUGAGACUGGUGGGGAUGUUCCACUGAGUCCCACCGAGAAAUGCUGCUGAAACCGAGCCGCUGUCAAAGCCUCUCCACUCGGUGCCAAAUAUCACCCGUGUCCGGCUGCAAAAAUGCUGACUGGUAACAGGAAGCGACGCCGGAGCGGCGACGGCGCUGAAGAGCAGCAGCUGAACCCCCAGGCCAAGAGGUCAGGAGCGGAUCCCUGCCUGCUGGUGUCCGACCUGGACUCUGAGUCCUCCAGCAGCGACAGCAGCAACGGAACCAGCAGUCCAGAAAGGGCAGCUGAGGCCAGCGCCGGGCCCAGCGCCGGGCCCAGCGCACGCCACCAGAAGAACUGCGGCAGACCGGAGCGUGAAGACUCGGCCGGCUCCUGGCAGCGCCGUCUCCAUGGCUACGGGCAGAGCGCCUCCUACGACCACAUCAACAGAGUCCUGCGGGAGGCGCACUUCAGCAGCCUGCAGACCAGAGGGUGGCUGGGCUCGACGUGACCUUUGCCCUCUUCUGUCUUCUUAUUUAGUGCUGAAGCCUUUGACGGCGUCACAGCAUCCUGGCGCGGGGUGUCGGGGGUGGAGUCUGCUGCGUGUGUUUGAGUGGGAAGUUAGGCGGGUCGACGAGACGCUCAGCUCGUCUUAUCAUUGGUUCAGACCAUAAGCACAUCUUCCACGGCGUAUUAGUAUCGUAGUUAGAAAAAAAAAAAGGAACAGUAAAUUUUCGUAAAGAAAAAAAAUCUGAAAUUUGUAAUCGCAAUUUUUUUUUUCUUCUAGAAAAAAAACAAUUGAAUUUCUGAUUUUGGGAAGUCGAAAAUUUGCUAGAAAAAUCUCAGAAAUUUUCAGGGUAAUCUCAGAAACUUGGAAGUUCUCAGUUUCAAAAAUCGAAAACCUUCCAACUUUUGAAACUCAGAAACGGCUCUGAUACGACGUCAUACACAUCCGCCUUCCACGGCCUCGCCAUUGUGUCCUUUUUUUUGUUUUUUUUUCCUCGUGCUGUGUUGAUGUGUGGGUGUGAGUGCGUGUAAGCACCCUGUGCACUUUAUCAAGAAGUAUCAUUGUUUUUACAUGCGUGCGUCGGUGCAUGGACAUUCUUCAUUGGUGCUAAUAACAACAGAAGUGUGACAAUGAUCCAAGGUGCUUGUGAAUUGAAAUAAAGGUAUGCACUUUA